AUGUAUAACAGCAAUUGCUUUGGUCCGUGGUAUACCAGGCGACAGCUAAACAAGGUCCAUGAGAAAUGUCCCAAUGGGCAUUCUUCGACUGCUUCUUUCAAAUAUGGAGAUAUCACAAUAACAGUGAUUCCACAAAAUGGUGACAACUACAGCUAUUUGAUCUUUUGCGAGCCAACGGACGAUUGUGUGGUUGUGGAUGUCGGUGAUGCGAAGCCCGUCUUGGAAUGUUUGGGGAGUGAGAAAGUACCACAGGCUGUUCUCGUCACCCAUAAACAU